GGCAGUGGAAAGGGGUUCAGGCGUGGGGGGCGGGGGAACGUGGAGUGAUGGCCCGCGCCGGCCGCAGGGCUGGAUAAGAAGCCGUCGCACCGCGGGUGUGGGAGGGCGGGAGGAGAGGGCGCCUGGACGCCACGGGAGUAUGACGGGGCUGUACGAGUUGGUGUGGCGGGUGCUGCACGCUCUGCUCUGCCUGCACCGCACGCUCACCUCCUGGCUCCGCGUUCGGUUCGGCACCUGGAACUGGAUCUGGCGGCGCUGCUGCCGCGCCGCCUCUGCCGCGGUCCUAGCGCCGCUCGGCUUCACGCUCCGCAAGCCCCCGGCUGUCGGCAGGAACCGCCGUCACCACCGGCAUCCGCGAGUGAGGCCGGGCCCGGCCGCCGCCCACCCCCGGCUGCGCUGGCGCGCGGACGGCCGUUCCCUGGAGAAGCUGCCAGUGCACAUGGGUUUGGUGGUCACCGAAGAGGAGCAGGAGCCCAGCUUCACGGACAUCGCGAGCCUCGUGGUGUGGUGUAUGGCUGUGGGCAUCUCCUACAUUAGCGUCUACGACCACCAAGGUAUUUUCAAAAGAAAUAAUUCCAGAUUAAUGGAUGAAAUUUUAAAACAACAGCAGGAACUUCUGGGUUUAGAUUGUUCCAAAUAUUCACCAGAGUUUGCGAAUAGUAAUGACAAAGAUGAUCAAGUUUUAAAUUGCCAAUCGGCAGUGAAGGUGCUCUCCCCAGAAGAUGGAAAAGCAGAUAUUGUGAGAGCUGCUCAGGACUUUUGCCAGUUAGUAGCCCAGCAGCAAAAGAGAUCCACAGAUUUGGAUGUAGAUAUGUUUGGCAGUUUACUUAGUUCAGAUGGUUUCCCCGAUCCCGAUUUAGUACUGAAGUUUGGUCCUGUGGACAGCACAUUAGGCUUUCUUCCCUGGCACAUCAGAUUGACUGAGAUUGUCUCUUUGCCUUCCCACCUAAACAUCAGUUAUGAGGACUUUUUCUCUGCCCUUCGUCAAUAUGCAGCCUGUGAACAGCGUCUGGGAAAGUAGUGAUCCCUGGUUGUGUAAUUUGAUUUCAGGCUUUUGGAGAAAAGGACCCAAGUGACUCUGAUGUUUACAAAGCACCUAUGAAACCCUGUACACACCUAGUUCAUAAUCCUCAUAAUUUAUCAACAAACACAAAAAAGUGUCUUACUUGAGAGUAAGGGUAUGUGUGAAUAUGUGUGUGUGUGUGUGUGUGUGUGUGUGUGCGUGCGCGUGUGUGCGUGUGUGUGUGUGUGUGUGUGUGUGUGUGUGUAAAUAAAUUUAUAAAUGGGGGAAGUAUUGGAGAAGGAAAUACAUAGAUCUGCAACUUUGAGCAAAUAGCAGCAGUGUUUUAGGAGCUGAAAUUUCAGAUUUAAAGACUUCAGCCUCAACUACUUCCCUAUUUUUGUGGGGAGAGGAGGGGGUAACUAGAGCUAUUUGGUUGUUUUGAGCGGAGGGGAAUCGUUUUUGUUCAGUCUUUCCUAGUGACCAAACUUAAUUUUUAAGAAUAAUGUAUUGACUUAUUAAAUGGAACUGUUUUGAGUCUGAGGGAUCUCCGGAGGGAUGGAGUUCUGUGUUGGUCACAUGUUAAAAGUUUGCUCACCUUUGGAGUAGAGGGAAUACCUAUUUUCAGAUAUCCGUCCAUUUUCAUCUCAUUAUAGUUAAACAAUGUGACUUGUGAGUGUUGCUCUGAUGUCUGUGUUCUGGGUUGUGAAAAUUAUUUGAAAAGGUACUCUUACUACAUUGAAAUGUAGAAUUUAAAAAAUUUAAAUAUCAGUCAAAAAAAGGUGAAAAAGUUAUAAUCUUAAAGGAUUAUAAGUUGGAAAAUUUCCUAAAAUAGGAAAUAAAGUUUGAUUCCCUUUUUUAUUUGGUGGGCAGUAUGUACCCAAAGUUGGUUUAAAAAAAGAUUCCCAUUAACUUUCUAUUUAAAAGAGCAUUUGAAAAGUUAUCAAGGCAGCUUUUUUCCCCUAAAGUAGUAACCUAUUACUCUUUGGAAUAGCACAUUUAGGUCUGUGUUAGUUCCCAGGAUUUUUACUCAGUAAAUCCUGAUGGUGGGGGACUUUGCCUAAAAGAUCUUUAAGUAAGAUUGAGGCCUGUAUAGGUAAUAAAAUAUUACCAAAGUCUACAAAAGUAAUUUAAGUUAACCUUACAUGUUCUCUUUCGUGACAGAGAACAGCACUGGUUCUGUUAUUUUUUAAAUGAAUAAAUGAUUUUUUGAUGUUUAGUAUUUCUUCCCUCACUACUGAUCCUUGGACAGAAACCAUUCUUUAUACUUGAUGGACUGUUUUCAGAAAAAUCUUAAGUGUACAAUAGUUGUCUAAAAUUGUACAUUUAGAAUGGAGUAGCUUAAAUACUA